AAGGUUUUUGCAUGUAUAAAUUCUACGGACUUUUUAAAAGGAAUUCUUUCGUUAUAUCGCUCGAUGGGAUUCACAAUGCACUGUCUACUUUGUGGUAGGCGCUCCUCGUCGAGUGGGAAAUACUUCUUGAACUUAUUUCGCAAAAUCGCACCGUCAGUUGUAAACGUUUGCGUGCGCGGCGUUGUGUUGUUCAUCCUCGGAACUUUCUUUGCAAUGGUUCUUUUCACGUUUUCUGUUUUACCAGAAGUACGUAGAAAGAGAAUCCAAGAUAUAGGUAUAAUUGCAAAGCUCUUCAGUGCUGUGUGGUGGAUCGCUCCGUCCUCUGGCACUGCUGCUGCAGUUGUGGGUUUGAUUUAUCCUUGUUCUGACAUUCGCCUUGGAAAACCGCACAAACUAGAAAGAGAAUGGUCUAGCGUUUUUAAAUGCGUGGUGUUAUUCCUUGGAAUAAGUCAUGCAUGUGCCAAAAUCACUUUUAACAGUCCAAUGCACAUCUUCCUCUUUAUGGCUAUUAGCUCACUGACCUUGUGGUGGUUAUUUGACCGAUCAAAAAAUGGUCUUGGACUGGCUGUGCUGGUAACAAUGUGUGCCUGUAUUCUUCUACAAUGUUUGAUAUACUUGGGAGUUUACAGAAAUGGUGAGCCAGAUUUCCUCUAUGCAAGAUCUUGGCUGCCAUGGUUCUUUUUUUCUGGUGUUGUAACAUUUGGAUCCAUUGGAAGACAGCUUGCUAUGACUGAAUACAACUUUGGGAGAGGAAAAGAACAUGUAGAUUAAAUGUUGCACCAAUUUAAAUGCUUUUAACAUGCCAUAAGAGCUUAACACUACCUGUGAAUAGCCUGCUUGAACAAUGGAAAGUAUCCAAAGUUUAGAACAGUUGUAAAAUUUUUUAUUGAAACUUGGUUUUGGCCAUGUCAUGACAAUAGUUGUUAAAUAUUGUGGAUUAUUGUUGAUGUGGGAAAAUUUAAGAUGAAAAUUACAUUCUUCAAAUUUUAAUAAGAGAGGGGGAAAAAUUUGGUACUUUCAGUGAUAUAAGAACAAAAGGAGGCAUUAUUUAUUUUGCCACUUGGCUAAUCAUUAAUAAGUACAACAAAAUAUUUCUUAAACGUUUUGUACAUAUUGGCUAAAAAUGGAGCACAAUCCUGAGUUAUGACCAAAAUUACAGCAUGGUUCCUAAAGAACUUGAUUGCUAUGUUAAAGUUAUUGGUAGAUAGAUAAACAAUAGCAUCCAUUUGGCUCCAAAAUAUACGCACAUAUUUGUCUGCAUACUCAAUCUUUUUAGACAUAAGAGCAGUUUUCUGAUUGCAAAGCUUGAUGAAAACUGAGCUAUAAAGAAUAGAUCACACUCAAGGAAAAUAUCCCUGCAUCUUUUUGCGCAAUAUGGAGGCUGUUGUGUUUAGUAUCCUAAUUCAAAUAUUUUUGCAAUGUGCAGGAAAGAUGUUAACAAACGACUUACUGUUAGAUUUGUGGGAUGAUUACUUUUCAGAGUUCUCUGGUACAACUUUACACACAAGAAACAUGUCCCUUCUUUAUCACCACUUCACUGUGUUCUCUUGUCUUGAAUAUAAUUUUAAACAAAGGGUUUUCUGUAUUGGACAAAAGUUUUGAAAAUUGGGGAAGAUCAGGGGGUAUAUCCUUGAAUAUCCUCCAAUCUUUACUGGGGCAUAUUCAGUCACAUGAUGCAUUUAGACCAAUUGUACACAGCCAAAAAUAUUCAAUGGAUUGUUAUGUCUGCUAUUUAUGUAACAUAUGGUUAAGUUCCUAAUGGUACUUUCUAAAUAGUAUGACCAUAGAGGUUUGCACUUGUUAGAUGGUUAGAUUAAAUCAUACUAAUCAGAAAUUGAGUUAUUUAAUAUCAUUAAGAUCACAUAUCUUACAUGCUGUUCAAGAUGAGGUGGAUAUAACUGUUAAAAUGUUUUUAUUCCAUAUUUUACAAAGAAAUACACAUAUGUAUCGCUAAGGAGACGUUUGGUGGGCAAAAACCUUGAGAAUUUGUUUUAAUCAGCAUAAUUAUAUUCAUUAUUGAAAAGAUUCCAGAAUAAUAAGGAAAAAUAUUAAUAAGGCUGCUCUUACAUGAUAAAUAUUUUUUUGGCAGGUUCCAGGAAAUUUCUUAGUGACAGGAGUACACAUAUGUAUAGACAUGUGUUCUUUAGGCUUAAUUUCUUGCUGGCGAGAGAUUUAAGUUUCUAUAACCAAUUUUCCUGUAUUUCCAAAUAAAAAAAAAUUAACUGAAUUCUUUGACUGAAUAUUAUGAAUUGCUUGUCAAAUAUUGUUUUUUUGUUGUUGUUUUUGUUUUGUUUGUUUUGUUUUUAACAAAAUCACUUUCAGUGGCUGAUAAAAAACUCAAUGUUAGCACAGGAAUUUGUAAACUGUAAUCAAAGGCAAAAAAAUGGCCUAUCUCUUUGAGUCAGGUUACAAAAAACUUCAUCCAAGUGUGGUCAUGUUUUUAACAUGGAAAUAAUUAAUUUAUUGGCUCUAAGAAAUUUUACUUAUUGUGAAUAAUCCUUUUAACUGAAUUAAUUUAUUCAGAAUUAAACACCAACUGAGAACUUUUUCUCAUAAGGGUAGCCAUAUUAAUAUUUUGAAAAGAAUCUCACUGGAUGCUAAAAUGGUUAUUUGUAAAGAUGUUAAUGCUUUCAUGCUUUGUUCUCACCUUCUGUAUAUAUUUGAAAUAAAAGACGACAAAACUUAA